AUCGAGAUCAAUAUUCCUUUAGCUGACUGUUACUAGAUAAGGUAAACAAGUAAAAUAUUUGAGUUAACUGAAAAUCCAAGCAUAUAAAUCAGGUAUUAAGAAUGACUUUUGUACUAAAUGAUGGUCUCUGUUGUGUUCCUGAUUUAGCAUAGGAAGAAAUGAACUGGUACAGUAGAGAAUCCUGAAGAGCUGAACAGCUCUUGCAAUUAAUAUUACAGUCAGCAGAUAUUUGUCACAGGGCUUACCUUGGUAUGCUUCAAUGUGUACCUAAGAUGGUCAUAAUUACACUGUCCAGUUUCUGUAGGUGAACCUACACCAUAUUUCUUGAGUGCUGAAGGGACACAGUGUAGCUGUCAUGCAUAUUACUGUUGCACUCGUGACAGAACUGUUGUUCCUCUUAAUUAAUUGAACAGGAGGUGAAUUCAGAGGCAGUUAGUGGGGGCAGAACCGUCCUUUGAGUCAUUUGCCAUCAGGCAACAGGUAAACGUUUCAACUAAGGUUCUUGUUGCAAAUCUUGUCACAGGUUUUCAAGACCCAAGUAUUGGUCUGGUCCCAAGUAUUGAUCCUUGAACACCUGUCCUGUAACUUCAAUGUGGUGCCAAAGUGUUGCCUGGAACGUGCAGUGUUCAUCUAGGUGCUCUUAGUAAGCAGUAGCCGAUACCCAGAUCAGUGGAUUGUUCCAGGUGGAGGAAUGGAACCAGAAGAGGAACCUGGAGGAGCAGCUGUCAGAGAAGUGUAUGAAGAGGCUGGCGUAAAGGGAAAGCUAGGCAGACUGCUCGGGAUAUUUGAGCAGAACCAGGAUCGGAAGCAUAGGACGUACGUUUAUGUUCUUACUGUCACAGAAAUACUGGAAGACUGGGAGGAUUCUGUAAAUAUAGGAAGGAAAAGAGAAUGGUUUAAAGUAGAAGACGCAAUCAAGGUCCUUCAGUGCCACAAGCCUGUUCACGCAGAGUACUUGGAAAAACUGAAACUGAGCUGUUCCCCUACGAACGGAAAUUCUGUGGUUCCCCCUCUCCCAGAUAACAACUCCCUGUAUGUCACUUCUGCACAGACUUCUGGGUUGCCCUCUACUGUGAGAUAAAUGUUUGGAUGACCUUUUUAUUCACGCCAUCGCAAGGGGAGACAUCUUUGAUUACACGCAGGCACCCGUAUAACUGUCAGUUCUAAGUGAAAUAUGUGAAAGUGUCAUCGUGUCGAGUUUAUUUGAAUGAUUUUUCCUUUUUAACAAUGUAAAAUAGUAUUUCAGCAAACCAAAGCCAUAUAUGGAUUUUUUUAAGAUGCCUUAGUAGGCCAUUUUUUAAGAGAGGAAACUUGAGUAUAUAAAUUUCCAUAUCUGCUAAAAUAAAGUAUGCAUCUAAGUGGUGUUUGGCUUAUUUAAGACUUGUCAGUAGUUCUGCAAGAGUACUUGCUUAGAGAAAAGCGUGAGCAGCUUGUCUUAUACUAAACUCUUAUUGGGUAUCUGCAGGUGAAGUGCUAAGAACUGAAGACUGCACUGUUUGGGGAGGUGGAGGCAGAUAUGUGACAGUGAAGCACACUGACCCAUGUUGAGCUGUUGAGAGCUAAGGAUACCAACACUAAGCACUGUUUGCCUCAGGCAUCCAAAAAGUUGUCUUGUCCUGUGCAACCUUCACGUAAUGUAGGACUAGAGCAGGGACAAUAACUUCUGUUUUGCAAUUACCAAACCCAUUUGCUAUACUUGGUCAACCAUCAGAAAAUGUAUGUGAAGGUUGUUGUAGUUCCCUCCCUCAUCCUUUUUUUUUUUUUCCUUUCAGCAUUUUGGUGCACAUUUUGUUCAUAGUGCAAUUAUAAUGGCAGGAUCCAAAGCCUGCUAACCUCCAGUGACAAGCAUCUUAUAUCAUGUUCAUGCAGUCUGUUAUUUAAAAAUGCUUGGAGGAAAAUGGGACUUUAAGGUAAAGUGGUGUUCAUUAGCAAGCACGUGCUCAAGUGUUGUGCCCAGUGGGAGUUGGUUGUGGUACUUUUGGGCCUUGGAGACAGGUAGGUUGAUAUGCUGGUGGAGGAAUAAUAUUCCUUUGUCUUAUUCAGAAGGCAUGCUGAAAGCCCUGUAUUAAAGUUAGCUCUUUAGUACUUGAGUUUUACUGUUUUAACAUCAGUUGCUCUAGCAUCUUGUAAUAAACAGCUGGCCUCGUGGUGAAACUCACCUGGAAUAAAUGAGGUACCGCUGACAACUCCCCUCUGCUUUGUUGUUUUCUCCUCUUCUUCAGCCAAGAUGAAACCUAAACCCACUGUAGGUCUUAAUAUGUUUCAACCAUAGGAUUACUCUUUCUGUGUAUGUGUGUACGUGGCUUUCUUUUACAGGAACACAAUCCAGUUCAUAUGAACACCUUAAUUCUGAAUUUCUUCUAGGAUCUAAACCCAACUGUCCUCUCCAGCCAGUCAAAGCAGAGGCUGAGGUAAAGCAUUACCUCGUGUGAAGUUUAUUCUGGGUAUAGCUCAUUCUCUACACAGCAUUUGAACCUUUGUAAAUAGUCCAAAUAGUAAAUAGUGAGUGUAAAAUGGAAAAUAAAUGUAAUUUAAACCUUUUGUUACUCAAUACACAAAUGGUUAACUUCUACUUUUUUAACACAAAUUGUGUAAAAUGCUGCUAUAAAUUAAACUUUUUUGUGCUGUUACACUUUUUUAGGAAAAAAAAAUGUUGCCACAAGUUACUCCUUAGAAAACCAACCUUGUGCCAUAUGUAAAUGCAGUGGAACUAGGGAGACAGAUGUUCUGAUCUUUAAUGCUGCUCUCUUUGAAGAGGCAUAAAUACUACUGACAAGAGGUGUGAGCCACAAAGCUGAAGACUUGUGAAAUGUUGGGUAGGGCUGUCCAUCCCUGAAUGUCCUAUUCCAGAUCACUUCCAGAAUGGGAAAGAACACAACUCUGUUCAGGUGUCUAAGCAUAGAAGGUACUGCAGACAGCUGAUCCUUGCCUUCAGUUACAAGGGGAAGGGCUGAACUUGGUGGUUUCAAAAGCUAAAUAGCAAAGGGUGGAAUUGAGCAUUUUCUAGUACGUUCAGUGUGUGUUAAAGCUGCGCCCCCCUGUUGUGUGAAAGCACCUCUGGCUCUGCAGUUACCUUCAAAAGAGUGACAGAUUCAGCUUUUUGGGCACUUACCUUUUGCUCACUUUUUUUGUUCAGUAGUCAUUUGAAUACUUUAAAUUGAGCAAACUUGUACAGGCUUUCUUGUAACAAGAUUCUAUAGAAGAUGUGAGAGCUAAAACAAGAAUCCAGAGUUCAAGUCCUUAUUCCUAAGACUGCUUCUGUCUCAGUUUCCAGUUCUUGGAAUGAAACCAAUCCAAGCUUGUAUGAGAUUUAGUGGUAAUGCAUGAUCUUAUUUUGUAACUCUCGAAUUAUGUAUUUGAUAAUAAUGUAAAAAUGUACAGUAUUGCUGUUACUAACAAACUCAGAGUUGAUUGCCUAUAAAUAUUUUGGUUAUUUUUUUUGGUCACACACAUUUGAGCUGUUCAGCAAUGCCAGAUGGGUUUUGAAGCAGCAUUCAUUGUAUAAACCUCUUCAGCCUCUGUGCAGCCUUCAGAAGGAAACGCUGUGAUGCUUAGUUUGACUUCCUCUCAGAGAUGAAUGUUCUGUGAAUUGGACAAACCUGACUGCAGGUAAAUUGAAAGCACUUCAGUUGUGCUGAAAGAAAACCAUUUUAGUAAAGGAGCAGUGGUCUGGCUUCAGCUGUAAUGAAAUCUGACCCUAAGCUUAACAGAAAGGGUCUGUUUAGAAAUCAGUUGGAAAGCUACAGGUGUUUUUCUAGUACCUAUCCAUUAAAAUGUAAAGCCUUCUUAUUUUCUGCACAUCUCUAUUUAGAUGGUCCAAAUCUGCUGUAUAGGGAAUGGACGUGGGACUGUCCUCAUGCCAUGAAUUCUGUAAGACAUACCCAGAUUUGGUUCUCCAGAGGAGAGAGAAGUGUGUCAGCUGCUACUGUCAGAAAGCUGAGUUCAUGCCACUGCUUCCUGCAUUAAGUUCUGUCAUUACAGUGGUAGCAAAGAGAAAUUGCCUUAAAGUUUAAAAGCACACAGAAGAAGUAGUGAAGGACUGCACAGAGGCUGCUGAAGUGGAAUAUCUUAUUUUGGUGCUUACUGCACCCUGCGUUAACCUGUCAGUAGUCUGCUAACAAUGUGCUGUAAAAAACAAGAGAAGGCAAACUCUUGGUUUACUUACCACCAUGGUUUGUGAAGUGAAAACUGAGGGGGGGUGGGGGGUGCAAAAUAAGUUGUAAACAUUUUGACCUGCUUGCAUGGAUUUUCUUUAAAGAUUGAUGUAAGAAUUUUGACUUUUUAUAUUUGAGAAAUACCAAAAUAAAAUCUAAAUUAGUCCUGUG